UGAUCUCUAAAAACCUUCAUAUAAAAAAAAAAAGAGUAAGAAGGCGAUAACUCGAAAAUAAAUUGAAAUAAAUAAUAUUCUAGGUGCCCCCUCUCCUCAAAAAUCACCGAGUACAAGUGCCCCCUCCAGAAAAUCACGGAGAUGUGACAGAAUGGUUCGGUAAUACGUGACUGUUGGCAGUUUGGCAGGGAAAUAAUUAUUUUGUCACCGAGUGGUUAACGUGUUCGAUGCCCAAGUGUUGGAGUACAUAAUCCACCUAGUGAUCGAAAACUUGAUCUGAGAUCUAACUCGGGAGCUCGAGGGGUUUGUAAUCCAUCCAUUAUGAAAAGUUUCUAUUCAAUCGUCACUUGAUCUUUAUUUUUUAACCCCCAGUCGUCGAUUCAGUCGUAUGAUUUAAUAUGAUCAUGGGCUAGUGGGGUGACCAUUCUGGGACUUGAAUUAUUCAGUGAUUUGUUGUUUGGACUAGAGACUUAUAUUCUCCAGAGAUCUGCAUCAUUAUUACAAGGUACCUCAAAUCACCAGGGAUGAAACCGAGAAAGCCCUCAUAAACCCUCUCCCCCCUCCCAAAAUGACCACCUGAAAUUUUUCCUUCCCCUGACCACCUCGAACUCGGCAAAAUGACCUCGACCUUCGUAAAAACAACGCCAGCGCAGGUGCUGAUGAACAAAGGAAAGCGUGGAGCAGCGGCUUAUAUCUACGCCGAAUGCCGUGGUACAGGACGAGGAAAGCAGCUGGACGAUCUGCUGGACCUAUUGCUAACCCCAGGAAAGCCAAUAGACGACUGGGAGACAAUAGACUGGUGCAAAUGGCUGAUGGCAUGUGGCUGUUCACCGGAUGAAUUUUCAACGACUGUAAUAAAAUACGACAAUGCGACAACAUGUGGUCUCGUGUGGACCCCAAAUUUCGUGGCAUAUCGUUGCCGUACCUGCGGUAUAUCACCGUGUAUGGCCCUGUGCACGGAUUGUUUUAAAAGGGGUAAUCACUAUCGCCACGAUUUUAAUAUGUUUUUGAGCCAGGCUGGAGGUGCUUGUGAUUGCGGUGAUACAAAUGUGAUGAAGGAAUCAGGAUUUUGUGAUAAGCAUGGUCCUAAUUCAGCCGUCAAUAAGCCACCAGCUCCCUCGGAUCUGAUGUUCGUCGCUGAGGCGAUGAUGCCCCGAAUGAUUCUACGUCUGAUACAGCAUCUACGAGAGAAUUGUAAAGCUGGAGCUGAUUACAGAAAUGCCAUUCAAACGGCUGAUGCUUAUUUAAAAAUGCUGCUGGAGCUCAAUGACAUGGGGGCACUGAUGAGAAGAGUCAUGACAUCCGCCCUGACAAAUCCCCAGAAGUACCAGGGCUUGAUGGAUCCUGGGAGGACUUCAUCAUCGUCCUCCUCCUCCUCUUGGUCAUCAUCCUCGUCGUCAGCUGCCUCUGGUGGACAGUCCGAGUACGACGCCUACUGUCAGGAGAGUCACGUUAUUUAUCAGGAUGCGAUAAAAAAUCUCCCGAAUCCUGAGCCACCGGAUGAAUACAAGGACUGUCCAUCCCUCCAGGAGGACCUCGUUCACACGACUUUCCUAGAAGAGCUGAUGUUCUGGACCGUUGCAUACGAAUUCCCCCAGAAGCUCGUCUGCCUUCUCCUCUCCAUGCUACCAGAUCCCGAUUACAAGGAAUCCCUUACCCGUGCUUUUGUCCUCCAUUACAGCAGAAUAGCAAUGAUGCUGGAGAGAUCUGGAGAUCCUGAGACACUCAGCAAUUCUGUUGUCCACGUAUCUGUCCAGCUAUUCAGUAAUAAUGGACUUGCUGUCCGAAUGGUUGAUGAAUUCAAACUCCUCCACGUGAUGGUGAUAAGUCUCAAGUACAUGAUGAGUAAAAUUCUUGUUGAGAAUACACUUCAUGCUGCCAACAAGAAUUUCCACUACGUGGUGGAUUGUGCACGCCAGGUGAUGAAGGAGCACUGCUACUGGCCCCUCGUCUCCGAUCUCAACAACGUACUCUCACAUAAACCAGUGGCCGUUCGUUUUCUCACUGACGAUCCCCUCCUGGAGAUGUGGUUCGAUUUUCUCUCGAUGUUCCAGGGAAUGAACGUCAAUCAGAGAGAAAUGGGUGCACACGUGGAAUUCGAGCCGACAACAUAUUACGCAGCAUUCAGUGCAGAGCUGGAGGCAAGUGCUUAUCCAAUGUGGGCAUUGGUGUCUCAUCUGAAGGGUCCAGAGAGUGCAUCAGUCAGCAGAAGAGCUUUAUCAUUCUGCUUAACAGCACUCCAGGAUUGGCUCGAUGCCAUUGGCUUCACCAGUCCAGACGUCUGCGAUGUUCUCCACGUCUCCUUCCACAUACCCCUCCACCGCUAUUUCGCUGUAUUCAUGUGUCAAGCUGUCAGACAACAGGGGAUAACUCUCCAGGAGCUCCUACCACCCACCGACAUGCUCCACCUCCUCAUGAUGCAUCCUCUGAGGAUUCAGGUGGCUUUCUACGAGAUUCUCAAUGGCCUCUGGGUGCGAAAUGGAUUGCAGAUAAAAGGACAGGCCAUGACUUACAUCCAGUGCAAUUUCUGCAACUCCAUGGUUGAUGCUGAUCUCUAUCUUCUCCAGAUAUGUGCCACUAAGCUGCAGCCAGAUGUAUUUAUCAAUACAGUUAUCGAUAAAUUUCAUGUGAAGGAGUGGCUCAGUCUGAGAUCCAGGAGAUCACGACAGAAUGUACUACUCAUUGGUGAACACGAUGCAGCAAUGAUGGAGAGCUGUCUCAUAUUCCUGGCGACGCUUAUCAAUGUGAGAACAAAUCUCGGUCUGUCUGACUCUCAGGUAUCACACCUGGAAAUGGUGACACUUCUCUGCAUGGGUGAUAAAACCCACAGUCAGCUGAUUGAGCUGAUGCCAGAGAGAUGUGGUACAACACCAAAUAGAGAUUUUGAGGAAGUGCUUGCUGAUGUUGCCCAGUACAGAGCACCAAAUCUCGAGGGUAAUGGAAUAAUGCAGCAGGGAAUGUAUGGCCCAAAGUCGAGAGUCUGGGACGAUAUGUACGAUCCACUUCAUGUACUCCUGAGGGCUGUCCACAGGCGGGAUUAUCAGGUAUCAAUGGACAGAUUCACGGAGUACGUUACAUCGAAGAGUCAGAGCCAGAAGAAGAGCAACAGUGCGACCCUGUGGCCGCCCUUCAGAUAUCCAGCGCCAGUCUCUCAGGAUUACGAUGAUCCAAGGAUUGUCCUGAGAACGAGAAUAUUUCACGCGAUGAUUUAUUCGGUUCUUUUCAAGGCCGUUAAUGAUCCCAAUAUAUCUGAACACAUGAUGGCACUGGCUGUUUAUCUCCUGGAGAUGGCUGUUGUGACAACGGAGGUGCCUGAUAAACAGACUAAUCCAAUCUGUCCUUACACCGGUUACUCAGGAUCUGCCAGUGUCUCGUGCUCCCUCAAGGACAUGGACUUUGGUAGUUGGUACGAGACUGAUAGUCUUAUUCAGAAUCUCCAGACUUUCAUACCCAGGACGAGUCUAGUGGAGAGUCGAUCUGAUUUUAUGAAUCCAACGGCAUCUGACUGGGAUAUUGGCUCGGAUGUUACUGAGAGCUCGCUCAUGAUCAAUGAUGAAUUUGAAGUGGAGAUUGGUGAGCAGGGUGAUGUGUGGGAGCUGGAGUUGCUUAGGGAGCUUGGUGAUCCAAGGGGUAGAGCACCACCACCAGAUUACACUAAUGAUCACAGAAAUACACUGCCAGCUCUGCCGUCGAGUCAAAUCGCUGAGUGGGAUGUGUCGAUUGUUCUUGAUGAGAGGGAUCAGUUCAGAGAGGGCAAUCCCCAGAGGCAGGAGAGCCAGAAUCAGAGGGACAAUUUGGGUAUGCCGAUUCGUCAGAGGGCACUACCACCACCACCAGCUUCACUGAUGCAGUCGAUAUCGUCGGGGCUAGAGGCUGGAGCUGUUGUUCCCAUGAAUACCAAUCAGAGACCACUCCUGGGAAAUUCUGAAAAUGAAGUGGAUCUUCUCCAGGUGAUUUUUCCAAGAUUGGGAGCUUCUGGAAUUAUGGUACCGUCGACUAACACUGAAAAUAUAUCCUCGGGGAUUGAUAAUUCGGGAUCGAGUGUCAGGGAUAUCGUACCAUCGACGAGUUCAUCGCAUUAUCAGCAGCAGUCUUAUCCACCAUCGAGGGAGAUGCUCUCGAAAUCCGGUGAGAGUAUAAUAUCGCUGCUGUUGAAACUUCACUCUCAAUUGUCCGGGAGUCCUGAUAGCUGGAGCCCUGAUGAAACAGGUGGACGACAGCCCGAGGCAUCGAGCUCGAGCACACCGAUGGAUUCAUUUGAAUCGAGAAUUGGUGAUGGGCCUUAUUUCAUUGGUCAGCUUCUCAGAAAAAUAUCAGAGCUCGAUGAUAAUCUCAAGCAUAAUAUUAAUGAGACGAGAAAUAAAUUGUGGCCGAGAACGAGGGAGUGCGAGGAUGCACAGCGAGAGGUCGAGCAUCGAGAUAGAGAGGAGAGAAGAAAAAAAGCUAAAGAGAGACAGCAAAAAUUAAUGGCCGAAUUUGCUAAUAAGCAGAAGCAAUUUAUGAAGAAGGCGAUGGAGACUGAGGAUGCGUCGACAUCGGGGAUGGAGUGGGACCAGUCGGAUCCAUCGACGACGAGUGUCACCAGUAAGAAGGAGUAUGACUGUGUGAUAUGCAAUCAGACAACACCCAGCACCGAGGAGAAGCCCAUGGGUCUCGUUGUCCUGGUGCAAUCGACUAGUGUUCUCGGUCAUGAGAGACUCAAGACAGAGAGGGUAUCACUUCCAACCUCCGAUGAUGCACCCCGAUUAUCAAUAAAAAGUAUCAGAACAGCUCAUUUUGAUUAUCGACUCAAGGACAUGCGAAAUAAUUUCAAUACCUCCUCGUGGCUGUUGUCCAUAAAUAUUGGACUGGAGGGUGGAGUACACGUGCAGACAUGCGGUCAUCAUCUGCACCUGGACUGUCUCAAUCCCUACAGACAGUCCCUGAAGAAUCAACCGAGACAGCAGAGUCUGGCUGUCAACAGGGGUGAGUAUCUGUGUCCCCUCUGUCGUCAGCUUGCAAAUUCUGUUCUACCGAUGUCACCACAGCUGGGGGAGUCGUGUCUAGUUGUCAAGUCUAGACAUCCAUCUCCAACAACUAUUCUCGAGGAUAUCAACAGUCUUCUUAUGGAGGCCCAGAGGAAUCCUGUACCAUCAAAUCUCUCUGAGGCAAUGGGAAAGGCCAUGGAGGAGAUAACAGCUGUCACUUAUCUCAAGUACAAGCAGAAGAACUCGGAUCAUCAGUACAGACACGAGAGUCUUUUUCUGUUCAUAACGUCGGUUGCGAGGACAAAUUUUGAAGUGGAACUGGUGCAGCAUGGGGGAAAGCUUUAUCCAUCCCCACAAUCCACGAAUUUGUCUUUAGCACCCAAGAGGGAUUGUAUCGUUGCACUUCUUCAUGUAUUGACUGUUCAUGCGAGACUCCUGAUACAAUGGCCUAUUCACUACACCUGGCAACAGCUCACUGGUCUCUGUCUCGAUAAUUCAUCAUCACUGGUACUAGCAUCACGUAGACGAGAGGUACCUCUACUCCUCAAGGAUCCAAUUGCACUUCUCAUUCAAUUUGUUCUUCUUCUGCCACUUCACAUCGAUCAGACUUACUUCGGAGUUCUGGUCAAGGUUAUUUAUAAUCUGCUGUACUAUCAGGUUGUUCUGCAGGUGAGCUGCUACCUCAGGCCAAGUGUCAGGGAAGAAAUUCUGGCUGGUGGUGGCGACAGAUCGUCAGAGGUCAUGAGGAGUGUCAUAAAGCUCUUCAGCAGGUGCAAUCUCUACGAGCAAGAUGUGGCUAUCAUGUUCGAGGGAUCCGAUUAUGAGGAAAAUAUUCAAAAUCUCUGUCUACCAUUUCUCAGAAUAGCUGCACUCCUCAGGCAUCAUCUUUACUCACAGCCGCUGCCUCAGGAGAUCAGCAAAAAACCUCAGAGUGAAUUUCACAGGCUUGUCACCUAUUUGCAGCUUGUUGAUGACACUGGUGAUUGUAAUUUUGCUGCUGGUGCUCUCAAUUGGCAGGAUGAUAAAGCUGGUGUGAGGGUACCGAGGGUGUGGUUUCAUCAGUUUCUCGAUUUUCAUGGGAGAAAUCCAGCUUCAGCCAAGUCACUCAUUGUUGAUCACUUUCUUUCUUGGCAGGUGCCAAGAUUUCUCAGUCUUCCAAAGGAAUACGAAAAAUUAUUCACUUAUUACCACGAGAAGGAGUGUUUCAAGUGUAAUAAAGUACCACCUGAGAUCAGCAUUUGUCUGCUGUGUGGGGAUAUCGUGUGUCUCAAGCAGAAUUGCUGCAAGCAGGACAACGUUGGUGAAGCUGUUCAGCAUUCAAUUGACUGUGGAGGUGGCACAGGAAUUUAUCUCGUUGUCACCACGACCUAUAUCAUCGUCAUCAGGGGACAGAGGGCUUGUCUCUGGGGAUCUCUCUAUUUGGACGAGUUCGGAGAGGAGGACAAGGAUCUCAAACGUGGAAAGCCUCUUUUUCUCAGCCAAGAGAGAUAUCAACUUCUGGAGCAGCAGUGGCUUGCCCAUCGUUUCGAUCACACGAAGAAAACGUGGGUAUGGCAUCGCGAUGCUCUGUGACCACCGAGGGAAUUCAGAAUCAAUUAAUUAAUUCAUUAUCACGAGCGAUGAAGAACGAAUUACUUAAAAAUCAUAAUGAAGAUGAAGAUAAAGCAUCUAGCACCGACGAGAGACAAGACGAUGAGAGAAAUUGUCAUUUCUACCUUCAGAAAUAUAAUCCCCACUACGAGAUUAAUCGCAAGUGUAUCAUAAAUAUAUUUAUUUAAAAUUUACGUAUGAAAUAUAUAUAGAAUUAUUAAUUAUUUACGGAUUGAAAGUAUUAAUAAAAUGAGUGUUGAAGGGUAAAAUACGAUUAAUGAGAAUAAAUGGUGAAUUAUUUUCAACUCAUUCGAUGGCUCGAGUUUAUUCGGGGACGUGAUAGCGAGGGGAUUGUUUGAAUAUUAUAUGUAUAUUCAGAUAUUAAUGGGUUUUUUUUUUUUGUCUUUUUUCUUUUGUGAUUUGCUUAUGAUCGAUUGUUAAUUGAGAGAUAAUCAUUUUGUUUAAGGAUCACCGACUCCUCAUACUCUAGGAUUUAUUUCAUCUGUGGUGGACUCUCUGUAAAUAUGUAUCGAUAUUUUCAUGUUAACGGGAGGUAAUCGAGAUCACGAUAUUUUUACGAGUUAUUCUUGAUUCGAGUAUGACGAAUGGGGAGUGAGUGCAUCUAUGAAUACAUGAAAAUUUAUUGUUUAGAUAUGGAGAUCAAUAAAAAUAUUAUGGUAAUCCAGAAUUAUUCUUGUACUGCCCUGAAUAUUAAUUAAUAAAAUUAUAAUCGUGGUAAUUAAUUGCGAGGGAAGAGGAAUUCAUUGUUAUUGGAACACUAUUGAGGUAAUUAUUACAUUAUUUUUUAUUCAAACGACAAAGAAAUGAAUUCUUACGGAAUUUAAAUUGUUUCUUCGAAUCUUAUAUCAGUAUAAUCACGCUUGUAACAGCAAGUAUCUGUAUGUCCUUUGUUGUUAUUUAAUAUUAAUUGAUGAUAUCGAAAUAAUAUUUCAUCAGAAUGUUACUUUAUAUUCAUUCAUAGCGCUUCGAGAUCGAGAGGCUAAAACAUUGAAAUUAUCACGCAAUUAUCAUCAAUGGGCAGACUAUCGAAUUUUUUUUCUACAUAAUCCUCUCGAUGCUAGGAAUGUAAGAAAGUUGAAAUAUUUUUCGUAUUUAAUCUUCAUGCCCAAAAAA